AUAAUAGCCGCGUGUCUCUCCGAGUCCCCGUGCACACAAUCUUUUCUCCAUCCUUCCUUCCUCCCCCUCUCCUCCUUCUCGUCCCGCGGAGCCACAGGGACCCGGCUAUGGACCCUUUCUCCUCCUCUUCUUCAUCGGGCGAGCUCUCUCCGAGCACUCCCGGCGCUCCGCGGAGUCGGAGCGGCAGGUUCGGGGAGUCCCCGCUGAGUCCGGGACUCUCCCCGCGGAGUCCUCGGAGUCCCGGCUUCUCUCCGGCGGACAGAGCCGUCGCCUUUCUCGCAGAUGAGAGGGAGAGAGUUCAAAAGAAAACCUUCACCAAGUGGGUGAACAAGCACCUGCAGAAGGCCAAGAGGCACGUCGAUGAUCUGUACGUGGAUCUCCGGGAUGGACACAACCUCCUGUGUCUCCUGGAAGUGCUGUCCGGGGAAAAACUGCCCCGUGAGAAGGGCAAGAUGCUGGUGCACAUGCUCCAGAACGUGAACAUCGCCCUCGAGUUCCUGCGCAAGAAACAGGUCAAGUUGGUGAACAUCCGCAGUGAGGAAAUCACCCAGGGGAGCCCCAAGCUCACGCUGGGCCUCAUAUGGACCCUGAUCCUGCAUUUCCAGGUGUCGGAGAUCGAGGUGGGGGACCAGCACCGUGACCUGACGGCUCAGAGCCGCCUCAUGGUGUGGGUGAGGAACACCAUCGACGGCUACCCGAGCCUCAAGUGCGACAACUUCUCCACGUCGUGGCGAGAUGGCAAGGUGUUCAAUGCCAUCAUCCACAAGCACAGGCCGGACCUCAUCAACAUUGAGAAGGUCUAUGUGAGCAGCAACGUGGAGAACCUCGAGCGGGCCUUCGUUACGGCCGAGCAGAACUUCGAGGUCAUUCGCCUCCUGGACCCCGAAGAUGUGGAUGUGCCCAACCCUGACGAGAAGUCCAUCGUCACAUACGUCUCCUCGCUCUACGACGCCUUCCCUCGAAUCCCCGCUGGUGGCAUCAGCCUGCAGGAGGUCGACGCGCACUGGGACGAGUACCAGCGCUUGGUGCGAGAGCUCCUCGCCUGGAUCGAGCAGCAGGGCGCUCGCAUCCGCCAGUCGUCUCGGCCCACAGACGAGGCGCAGGCCAAGGCCGUGCUCGCCUGGUUUGCAGAGCUGCGGGACACGGAGAUGGUGGCUAAAGCCGAGGAGAAGAGCCAGAUCUACGCACUGUACAAGGCUCUCGAGGUGUGGAUCAGCUUUGGGCGCAUCCGCGUGCCGCCCGACCUGACCCCCGAGCACGUGGAGGAGGAGUGGUCCAAGCUCACGCUGCUGCUCGACGAUCAAGAGCGGAGCGUCCUGUCCGGGAACCAGAGGAGUGACCAGGAAGCCAGGGCGGAGAGCGAGCAGCGACUCAGGUCACUGGAGGAGCUGCUCGCCAAAGUCGCACAGACGCAGGCGGAGGUGGACGGGGCCGAGUGGGGGAGAGACGAGCCCGGCGUGACGAUGGCCCUGGCCGGCGUCCAGGCGCUGGAGCACCGCGUGCUGCUGCUGGGCACCGCCGUCGACGACGCCUCGCGGGCACGGGACGCCUUGCUUGUGGAACAUCAAGCGGAAUACGACAGACAGCUGCAGCGAGUUAACGUGGCCUACGCGAACCUCAAGCACUCGUGGGAGGCGCGUGCGCUGCACCUGCGGGCGCUGCUCGCCCUGGCCGCCAGCGCCCGCGGGCCGCUCGAGUGGAUGGCGCGUGCCGAGGCCGCGGAGCUCUCACACGACUGGAGCCGCACGGAUGGAUUGCCCGCCAAGGGCGACUCCCUGAGAGCUCUGCGUGCGGAGCUGUUGCGCGUGGAGGAGGAGGUGGCAGGGAUCUGUGAGUCUGGGCAGAGUCUGAUCGAGUCGGGUCACCCAGCGCAGGAUUCCAUCACGGCUAUAACGGGGGAGCUGAAGGGACGUCUGCUCUGGAUCCUCACGCUGGCCGGGUGUGCAGAGAUGCAUCUUCACGAACACACAGCGUGCCUGCAGUUCUUCGAGGGGGUGCGCGACGCGGAGGCGGCGGUCGCGGAGGUGCGACGGGGCCUGGCGACGCGCUGCUCCUGGGGACGCGCCGCGGAUCGCCGGCAGCUCGAGACGAUCUUCGAAGAGAUCCAGGAGGAGGAGGACACGGUGGUGGCUGACCUGCGGUCGCGGGCCCAGGCUCUGGCUGCCGCAGCUUCUGGCGUGGCAAACGUUGGGGCAGUGCCGGGCGUGCAGGCGGUACCGCUCCGGGUGCUGUGCGACUACCCCGCGGGCGGAGAGCCGUCGCUGGCGCAGGGCGCGCGCUGCUCGCUGCUGGGCCCCGCACCGCGCCAGGGGUGGUGCCGAGUGAGCGGAGCGGCGGCCCCCACGGAGGCCCCCGCCGUGUGCCUCCUCGCCGAGCCGCCCAACAACGACGCCCUCGAGGCCGCCUCCAGGCUUCUGGAGCUGCUCAGUGCCGUGUCGAUCGAGCGCGGAUCCACUGUGCAGGGCCUACUCGCCUGGCGGAGCCUGCUGGAGGUGGUGGAGGAGACCCGGGUCGUCACGGACGAAGAGCUGCUGGCGCUGCAGGAGGAGGAGCUGAGCUCGGUGGUGGAGACGCUGGGGCAGCUGCUGGCGAGCUUCGACGCCGCGCAGAGCCAGGGCAGCGCCCUGGGCUGGCGCGACGCCGCCGCAGGCGAGGCCGAGGGGGCAGCGGCGCGGUACCGUGCUGCUAUACAGGAGCGGCGGCGCGCCGGUGAGGCAGGAGCACGUGAGACAGAGGUCCCCCCCGCUUCUGCGGCCGCCGCCGCGGCCGCCGCUGCCUCCGCAGCGGCCCGGGAGAGCGAGCGGGUCGCCUCGCUGCUGCGCGAGAUCGCGGCGCGGCUGGAGCGAUGCCGCGGGACGAUGGAGCGAGGGGUGGAGGCGGCGGUCGACGGGGCGCCCCGACUCCCCGACCACCUCCGGGCGCGGCUCGCGGAGCACAAGGUGACAGAGGAGGAGCUGGCGAGCGUCGGGGAGGAGCUGCCUCGCGUGGCCGUGGCCAUCGAGGCGGCGGCGACGGCGGCGUCGGCGGCUUCUCCUGCCGCGUCGCCGGGGCGCCGGGCGGACGCCGCGCUCGGCGCGGAGCUCGGCCGCGUGCAGCGGGAGCACCAGCUGCUGCUGCACGCCUUGUCGCUCUACGGCAGCAGGCUGCGGUCCCUGGAGGUGUUGCUGAAGAACAUUCAGAACGCUGAGGAGGCCACCUCGAGCCUCGAGGGCAGGCUGGGCGAGGGAGGCUUCGCGCCGUGCGAGGCCCUGGCCCUGGAGGAGCUGCGGUCGCGUCUCGCGGACCUGCAGCGCGACGCCGCGCGCGGCGGCGCGGCGUUUCAGUCGCUCCGCUCCUCGCUGUCCGAGUCGGAGGCGGCGAGCGAGCGGCUGCUGGGGACGCUGGCGGGGCCCGGCGCCGGGGAGCCGGCGGCUCGCGCUUGCCGCGACGCCGUGGACGCGCUGCUGGGACGCUGGGCCGACGCCACGCAGCGGCUGGCGGCACGGUGA